AGAAGAACACAAAUGUAUUUAAAAAUUUUAAUUUUCUUCUCUCAGAAUACAUGACCGGCUGUCCCUACUCCUAACUCCUAACUCCUAACCAUUACACACACACCACACCCAUUUACCAAACCCUAAUCUCUUCCUCUCUCUACUGUUCUUCCUUUUCGCUUUGAGGCAUCCUUGGUUUAACCGCAAAGAUGUGUUUCACUUCUCUGUGCUCAAAGUUUCAAUCUUUAUUCUCUGUAGAUCUGAAUCCACUCUCAUUUUGAGGUUUGCUUAUCCCACUAUCUGAUGUACAUACAGUCCCAUCACCUUAGUUGAAAAUUCUGGUUCGAUUUUACUUUUGUAGAUACUGAUUCUUUUCUAUUUGUGUUUUCUUUUCCUUUUGGGGGGUUUCGCUGUUGUAAUUGUUUGUUUGACUGUAGAUCUGAAUCUGUUUUCUUUUUCUUUUUUAACUGUUUUGUUUAUUUGAGUAAGGAUUGAUCUUCAGACUUUCUAGAUGAAUUCGUAGUCAUUUCCCAUAAAAAGUUUACAUUUUUAGCUAUUUCUACUUCUUUUUUUCUUUUUAUCAGUUCUUUUAAGCUUAUUUUUAUGACAAAGUUAUGAUUUUUGUGUUUAUAUAAAUGUGUACGUGACAAGAAUUUUUUAGAGGAUCGGAUAUUUCAAAAGAGACCUUUUUCUUUUUUGUUUUUUGUGAGGAUCCUGAGAGUUCAAAACUCAAGUGGUCAAUAAAGAUGUCUUUUAGGAGCAUACUUCAGGACAUGAGAGGGGAGUUUGGGAGCAUGUCUAGAAAAGGGUUUGAUGUGAAAUUUGGAUAUGGGAUGCGAUCCAGGUCGCAAAGGGUUGUUCAGGAUAGCUCUUUUGUGUCUGUUGAUGCAUUUAAGCAGAGCUGUUGGGCUAACAUGCCACCUGAGCUUUUGAGGGAUGUUUUAAUGAGAAUUGAGGCAUCUGAGAGUGCUUGGCCUUUCCGGAAGAACGUAGUUGCUUGUGCUGGUGUCUGCAGAAACUGGAGAGAAAUUAUGAAGGAAAUUGUGAAAAGUCUUGAAGUUUCAGGCAAAUUGACAUUCCCAAUCUCAUUGAAGCAGCCUGGACCAAGGGACUCCCUUCUUCAAUGCUACAUCAAAAGGAAUCGCAGCAACCAAACAUAUUAUCUGUACCUCAGCCUAAAUCAAGCUUCGAAUGAUGAUGGUAAGUUCCUUCUUGCUGCACGGAGAUGUAGACGGCCUACUUGCACAGAUUACAUUAUCUCUUUAAACUGUGAUGAUGUAUCUAGAGGGAGCAGCACCUACAUUGGAAAGCUGAGAUCAAAUUUUCUAGGAACCAAGUUUACUAUCUAUGAUGCACAACCUCCAAAUACUGAUGCUAAAGUUGCUAAAUGUCGCUCCACCAGGAUAGUUAAUAUGAAACAGGUCUCUCCCAGGGUCCCUGCAGGGAAUUAUCCUGUGGCCCAUGUCACUUAUGAGUUGAAUGUCUUGGGUUCAAGAGGUCCAAGGAGAAUGCAGUGUGUUAUGGAUGGCAUCCCUGCCUCUGCUGUUGAGCCUGGAGGAGUGGCCCCCACACAGACUGAAUUUCUACCUAGUAAUUUGGGUUCGUUGCCAUCACUUCCCUUUUUUAGAUCAAAAUCUACCCGCACAGAGAAUUUCCUAUCUGGUCCUCUGUCUAGUAAUAAAGAUGGAAUGCUAGUAUUAAGGAAUAAAGCACCCAGGUGGCAUGAGCAACUCCAGUGCUGGUGUCUAAACUUCAAUGGGCGUGUGACAGUUGCUUCAGUUAAAAACUUUCAGCUGGUUGCUUCUCUGGAGAGUGGAGGUGGUAGGCAAGAGCAACAAGAGAACGUUAUACUCCAAUUUGGAAAAGUGGGGAAGGAUGUGUUCACAAUGGAUUAUCAGUAUCCAAUUUCAGCUUUCCAGGCAUUUGCUAUAUGCCUUAGCAGCUUUGACACCAAGAUUGCUUGUGAAUGAUAGACACGCAGGAACUAAUGACUGCCAGGGCUGUUGUAGCUGUGUGGCACAGGGGCAUUCUGCAAAAAGGCAUCUGCUUAGCUCAAUCUCUUCUCUUCUAAUUGCCAUGUGAAGAUUUAGGAUUUUUUUUUUCUUUUUUAAUGUUUCGUCCUUUGAAAUUUUUUUUCCCUGUACAUAUUAACUUUUUGGUAUUUUAAGCCAACCACGCUGUAGUUUGUGCAGUGGCUGACUGGCAUUGUCCAUGCAUCCGCUGAGUGUUAGAUACUUGGCACCUUAACUGGAGUUGUUUCAGGAGUUUGCUUGUAGUUGUCCUAGUUUAAGGCUACUGUUAUUUUGGAUGUUGUUUUCCCACUAAUCUGUAGCUCUGGAAAAUGCUUCCCUUGAUCAAUCAGCUAGAAUUUGCUAAA